AUGGCAAACAACUCCCACACCCACGGCGAGGGGCGUUCCUCGGCUUCUGCGUCCCCGAGCACCUUCAAGUUCCCUGCUUUUCAGCCCGACGUGCUGCCCCCACACCAGGAGGAGACCGCGCUCGAUAUCGGAAUCCCUGUGCGCUCGCCGAGCCCGCUGAAAAAUGGCGAGAACGGAUUUCCGCCGGGCGACCGCUGGUAUCCGCGAAAGGACAAGGGCUCGCGCUGGGCCAACGGAAAUGCGGGCGCAGGCGCAGGCGCAGGUACAGGCACAGGCACAGGCACAGGCACAGGCACGAGACACGGACGCCAGAAGAGUUUGAGCGAGGCCAUCAGGACCAUCAAAGGUCGCCGAGGAAGCGUCAGCGCCAAUGCGCAUGAGAUUGCCGAUGCGCUGAGGGCUCCUGUGUCGGCCAAGCUCAUAGUUCUCUGCGGUAUAUGGUACUCGACUUCCAUCUUGUCAAACACGUCCUCGAAAGCUAUCCUUACCGCCUUCCCCAAGCCUGUCACCCUGACGCUCAUACAAUUCGCCUUCGUGUCCUCGUGGUGUCUGGUUUUGGCUUGGCUGGCCAAAAUAUUCCCGCGUUUGAAGGUCAUAAUCCCAGCUCUGAAAUAUGGCAUUCGCUCUCCAGAUAGGGAUCUCAUCAUGACAACCCUUCCUUUGACCUUGUUUCAGAUUGGCGGCCAUAUCCUAAGCUCCGAUGCCAUGUCUCGCAUCCCGGUCUCGCUAGUUCAUACCAUCAAAGGUCUUUCGCCUUUGUUCACCGUUUUGGCCUAUCGCUUCUACUUCAACAUCCGCUAUGCGCCCACCACCUACUUGUCAUUGAUACCACUGACCUUUGGCGUCAUCAUGGCCUGUUCCGCGAACUUUUCCGGAAAGGGAAAUUUCAUCGGAUUGAUCAGCGCGUUCGGUAGCGCGCUGCUCUUCGUCACCCAGAACAUCGUGUCAAAGAAGCUCUUCAACGAAGCCGAGCAAGCUGAGCAAGACAACCAGCCAGUGAAACGUAGGAAGCCUGACAAGCUGAACUUGCUUUGUUACUCGGCUGGCUUGGCUUUCAUUUUCACAGCGCCGAUCUGGUUUUUUUCGGAAGGCAUUGGUAUCUUGGGAGAUUUCUUAUACGAUGCGUCAAUCGACCUCAACGUCAAGCCUGGUUCUCUGGACCAUGGCCCCCUGGUUUUGGAGUACAUUUUCAACGGAACUUUCCACUUCGGCCAAAACCUGGUCGCGUUCGUCCUCCUUUCCAUGGUGUCGCCCGUUACAUAUUCGGUCGCUAGCUUGAUCAAGCGUGUUUUCGUCAUUGUCUUCGCCAUCAUCUGGUUCGGCAAGCCCGUCACCCACGUGCAGGCGGUUGGUUUUGCCUUGACUUUCCUAGGCCUGUAUCUCUAUGACCGCACGCGCGACAACAAGGCCGACCACAAGGCCAAGAUGCUACACGCUAAGCAAGAGUCGCUGCUUCCGGUUUCUCUCGAAAAGAUGAAUAACAAGGGCUCCAACGGCUCCCCCAUGGCGCAGCACUCGUACGCCAAUGGAUUUGCGAAUGGUUUCAGCAAGGACGAUAAGAAGAAUGAUGACGUAGGGCCGGGUAGACCUAGAAGGGAGAGCGGGGUGGGGUGGCUGCCGCCAGGCACCAGGGCAGAGGAAACCUGGCGGCCUGGAGAUGCUUCUCAUGUGCACGGGGUGCGCGUUUCCUAG